AUGGGAGCGAGCAACUUUGGGUUCAACUCUACCGGCGACUCCCUGUUCGAGUCUGAGUGCAGCAAUGCCCUGAUUGAGGGUGACUUCAGUGCUUACUGGAUGCCAAAGCUGUACUUUCAUGACAAGGAUAAAGGCACUUUCGAGCCCGUUGAACUGUUUUAUAUGAACGUCUACUACUUCUUCGAGGGAACCAACGACAAGAUCAAAGCCUUCCCUAAGGGACUUCAAAUGGUUAGCGGGGAUGCCAUGACACGAACGUGCCCUACUUCGGGCAAGCAGAUCACGGAUCCUGAUGAUGGCACUAUCCAGCCUGCUCAAAUCACAUGCCCCCGAAGCAACUUUAACCCUCCAUCAUAUCCAGUGGACUCUGACGGCUCAAAAGCUGGUAUUGUGGACCCCAACAACAAGGGUUCUGGUGUUGGAUUUCCAUUCGCUGAAUGCGAUGGCUAUGCGUCCCCUCUGCGUGCCGAUUUGCACUUCCCUUCAUGCUACAAGCCAUCGGUUGGCCUGACCAACUACAAGGAGAAUAUGGCCUGGCCUACACACACCGGCAAUGGCAUGCAGGACUGCGCAGAGGGUGAGAUACAUGUCCCACAUCUUUUCUACGAGAUGUAUUGGAACACCCCCAAGUUCAUCGACCGCUGGACUCCCAACCAAGGUUACCAGCCAUUCGUCUUCUCCAACGGAGACGUGACUGGAUGCUCUCUCCACGGUGACUUCUUGGCCGCCUGGGAUGAAAACACCCUCCAGCACAUCAUUGACACUUGUGAUGCGGGUGAUUCUGGUAUGGACAACUGCCCUGGUGUCACAGUCAGAGAUAAGAAGAAGGAGUGCCACAUUGCACCUCUCGUCAACGAGGCUGUCACUGGUGUCUUGUCUAAGCUUCCUGGCGACAACCCAUUGGCAGGCUGGAGCUACGGCACCGGCACCGGUGGUGGAUCUUCGUCUGGCGGCUCUUCUGGCUCUUCCAGCUCCGCUGCCGCGCCUGCUCAGUCCUCUACUACUCCCGGCGGUGUCAAGGUCGACCCACCAACGACCUCAAAGGCUGCCCCGGUAUCUACGCCUCCUGCGGAGACUGAAUCUGAGUCCUCAACUAAGGCUCCCGCUGCUCCUACCACCACGGCAGUCGAAGAACCCGAGCCGACGUCGACCAAGGCUCCCGUCGAGUCACCAAAGCCAACGUCCGCCCCUGCCGUCGUCAACAACGCUGGCAACGGUGUCCAUGUCUCGACCGUGUGGGACACCAUUUAUACUACUGUCACAACCACUGUUUACGAAGACGAUCUUCCAGAAGCCACACAGGCGCCGUCCGCUGCGAAUGCAUCUCUACCUGAUGUUGCGGGAUGGAAGUAUGCUGGCUGCUUCAAGGAUACCCGUACGCGUGUCAUCCAGGGCGAGAGGCUCCCGAACCUAGGCGCUAUGUCAAACGAGAAGUGUGUGAGCUACUGCCAGUCCAAGGGCUUCUCCGUGGCUGGCACAGAGUAUGGUGGUCAAUGCUUCUGUGGCAACGAGCUGGUCGGCUCCGAGCAGCUAGCCGAGUCUCUCUGCGAUGCUGCUUGCGAAGGCGACAGCGCAGACACCUGUGGUGGUGACUGGAGCCUGACGCUCUACAGCUCCACCGGCAGUGCUCCUCUGGCUAAGCGCCACGAGCACGCUUACAACCACUUCCUCAACCACCGCCGCAGCGCUCAUCGACGCAGAUGA